AUGCUGGGCGCAUCUGUCACUCCCACCCAGAAGUCCUUUGGUAACCAGCCGCCGUUGAACACUGCCAAUUCCCCGACCACGAGGACCAGUCUCGAACGCGAUGUCCUCCAAGUCCCCCAGCCCUCGGCGAUGGGCGCCAGCGCCAGCAUGCGCAACCUAUCUGCCUCGGCCGUUUCUUUCGCCCCGCGGGGGUCCUCCCUCAACCCGACUCCUACCCCCGGCAGCUUCAGCUCCGAACUACGCAGCCAGAUGACGUCCUCGAGGGCCGGCUCGCGUGCCGACGUCUACAACAUGGACAAGUUGGACGAGGACGACGACGCGACGUUUGCGGUAGAACAGACUCUGGCCUCCCUCCGCGAUGCUCUGAACCGUGAGGUCAAGAUCAAGGAGGGCUCCGAAAACAUGCUUGAGGCGCUUAAUAGCAAGAAGGCCAAGCAGACCAAGGAGCAACGCCAGAGGGUGGAGGCCGAGCUUAGUGCCUCUAGCCUGAGGAUUAGGGAUUUGAAGCAAAGGAUCGCAGACGCACAACGCUCGAGGGCAAUGCCCACCACGCCAGUGAGGAGUAGAGGCGAGGGGCUCCUCCAGAGCAGCGGUGCUCUGCGCUCUCCGCCUAGUGUCUCUAGGAGCGGCGCCGGUUCCGACUUUGACGAGCCCACAGAGUCCCCUACCUUUGCCCUGGCAGAGAUUCUACAAGCUUUAGAGCAGGAUGGAAUGCCUGCUGAGUACUACGUCAGUAGGGCCAACAGCCUGGUGGAGCUGUUCAAAAGGCACCAGACCCUGAAGUACGACCUGGUAUGGUCGGUCUUUGGCGUGAGGAUGCAAGUCAUGCUCCUCAGUGAGAGCAGAGAAGUAGUUGCCGCUGGAUAUCGGAUGACCCGCUAUGCGAUUUCCGACGUGUCUUCCUUGAAGAAGAUCAGGACUCUAAAUACAGACUACCUCGUAGUCCACUCCCUGAUCAAAGACCGAAAGGCAGACUUGGAACGUGAACAGGCCCUGAAAUUCGUUCGCGCAUUCCUCGAUGUCAAGGACGGCAUUCGCGAGCUAUCCAGGGCUGUAGUAAGGACCAUCGCCGCCAUUGCAGAGCAAGCAGAAGAUCGACUGCGCCCCAUUUGCCUCGAGACUCUGGCCGAGAUUCUGGUUCGGGAUCCUCAGCUCCUUAUAGCCUCCAGUGGCUUGGCCCCUCUAUCAGAAGCGUUAGCCGAGGGCUCCUACAAGGCCCCGGAGAGCUUGACGGCUGCCAUACUCUUUCUCCUUGAUAGGCCUCAGCGGCGGAAGUACCUGAGGGCCGGAUAUGAACUGGAAGUUCUGUUCACCGCCUUCACCGACCAGUACCUGUCCAACGAGACCAUUCUGAAACAGAACUCCAAAGCAGUCGCCUCUGCCAUGAAGAGCUGGUCAGGACUGAUGAAUCUCUCGCUGUACAACUUCAGGGCUAUCAGGUCACUCAUUGGAAGCCUGAUUCUUCCCAACGACACGAUCCGCGAGACCAUCAUUGACUUGGUAUACUCAUUACUCAGGAUCAAGUCUCCGGCCUGGGCCACUUCAUUCCUGGCUGGGAGACGGUUAACGACCUACGGCCGUGUUACGACACUCAAAGCGACGCCUCAGAAGGGCAGUACGGCUUAUGUCGAAGACGACAACGGCGAGCAGAACUUUGUGGAGCACUACACUGCACUUCUGUUGGCCAUCUUCAUCAAGGCAGACCUCCUUCCUGCUCUGCUCCACAUCACGCAAGAUGUUGACACCCCAUUGUUGAAGCGAAAGUCGACUCUCUUGAUCGGUGAGGUUUUGCGUCUUUCAAGCCGCCUGCUGCCGCCGUCUUGGCACAGCGAGCUACACCUGCUUCCUGAAUUGUUUGCGGCUGCCACUCGCUUCCAAGACGAAGACCAUUUCGUUGCAAGUGGGAUUGUCUACCAGAUCAGCAGUGUCAGUAGGACUCUGUACAAAUCCUCGCCGGCUUGGAGUACAGGGCCUGUACCCCCUACCAAUAACGUGGAUCUGGCUCUGAUCGAAGAUCAGCCAAGAGCGGGCUCGAAUAUCACCAUUGAUGACGCCUCGUUUCGACAGCUGUUGCUCGACUCGGGCGUCCUCAGUCACUCCAACUAUACUAAGUGGAAGUGGGAUGUUGUGCUGAAGGUGAUUGAGGGCCCUCUUACAAACAGUAAGCGCCUAGAAGAGGCGAUAAAAGCUUCGAAAUUUGUAAAGCGCAUCUUCAGCUUCUACCGCCCCUUCAAACACAAGUUCUCAGACAUUAGCAACACCCGCAACACUCAGAAGUACGUCAAGGUCGGCUGCGCACUGAUGCACAGCAUGUUGCAGACCGCGGAAGGCAUCAGGUAUCUUGGAGAUCACAAACUGCUUAGGCAGAUCGCCGAGUGCCUUGCUCAAUGCGAUCCUACCAGUGGCAUAACGGCGCAAUUUCCGUUGUUCUCCAAAGAUCAUCUCGUCGAUACACUAUGCGGCGGAUACUUCCCCAUGCUGGGCGUCCUCACUGGCGAUGUGAGGGGCAUCGCGAUGCUCGAAAGAUGGAGAAUGUUCAACAUGAUGUACCACAUCGUUGACCUCAAGCAGCGGCCAGAUUUGAUCAAACUUCUCCUGUCAAACUUUGAGUACACUCCGAACGGACACACCAGGAUUCUGCUGUCAAAGGCCCUGACAGCUGGCACCAAAGAUAUCAGGAUACAUGCAACCAACGUGUUGCGCAAGCAUGUCAUCCGGCCCGGCUCUGUCUCCCCCUUUGGCCAGGUGCUUGGUGAUUCGAAGUGGGCAAUUCAGUACCUGGUCACUCAGCUCUAUGAUCCUGAAGUGGAGGUUUGCGCCACUGCAGUUAAGAUCUUGGAGAAGGCGUGCAACAACAAGAACUGCCUCGAAUUCAUUGUCGAGUGCCGCCCAGCCCUUGACCACCUAGGCGAAAUAGGGGCUCCUCUUCUCCUGCGUUUCUUGUCCACGUCGAUAGGGUACCACUAUCUCGACGGUCUGGACUACAUUAGCAACGAGAUGGAUGACUGGUUUCUGGGCCGGAAUGAUUCGUAUGUGAAGCUCAUCGAAGCCAGUCUCGCGCGCGCAUUUGUGGAGAACCCCGAUGAGAAUACACACCGGAUGAGCGUCUUCGAGGACGAAACCGACGUCGAAACCGAUACGCACAUUCCUCCUCAUUUCUACCGUGAGCUGACUAGGACCGAAGAAGGUUGCAGGCUUCUCAGCGACAAAGGCCAUUUUGAGGAGUUCGCCAUGACAAUUAACGAAUACGGUAUGCAGACCGAGGAUUCGGAGUUGAUGACGAAAGUCAAAGGAUGUCUCUGGGCUGUGGGCAAUGUGGGCUCUAUGGAGCUCGGAGCGCCCUUCCUGGAAAGCUGCGAUGUGGUGGAGCAGAUCAUCCGCAUUGCAGAGGAGCACGAAAUCAUGAGCAUGAGGGGCACAGCGUUCUUCGUGCUAGGUUUGGUCUCAAGAUCGGUCCAUGGACUCGAGAUCCUCUGGGAGCACGGCUGGGAUGCGAGCACCAAUGCCUUGGGGAUCUCCCUAGGCUUUUGUGUGCCGACAGACCUCACCAAGUUCUUCUCCUUGAAGCCUUGGAAGCAUGAGACAGUCGCGUCGAUCCAACUCCCGCAAACACAAAAGACCGAGAUCACCGACCCGCCGGCGAUGCCUUCCAGGCCCAGAUCGGAGUCGCUGCGUAGCGCUCUAAGUGGUGAAGUAGAGGCCAAAGAACCAAGGAUCGAGUUGGAUCCAGAUCCAACAAAUCAAAAGAUCCUGGAACUCGUCGUUGAUCUUGGCAACAUGGUCAUCUUCAAGCGUGCUGCCACGGAGCUGAUGCAGAUCAAGCAGCAGAAGAAAGGGGCCGGGUUUCGACAGCCGCAGCUGCUCCGGAAAGUCAUGUCGUUGCUCGAGUGCCAUCACUAUCGCCUCCCUAUCAGACGGAUGGUGCUUGAGAUGUUUGACCGGAGCGUGCUGAGGAGCAUCGUGUUCGAUGAGGAUGAUGAUGACGACAAUGACCAUACCGGAAGCAAAGGCGGUGGCGGCGGUGGCGUGGGACUACAUACUCACCCAGAGGAUAGCGAGGAGGAAGAGGAGGGGCCGGAAGAUAGCUCUGGGGACGAACAACGGACGGAAAGGCAGCGGUUGACAUCAAGGAUGACGAGCAAGAGAAGAGUUCUGGUCAUUGCUGGCUCGGACAGCUCCGGCGGCGCUGGCCUGGAGGCUGACCAGAAAGUUAUCGCGGCUCAUGGCUGUUAUGCCAUGACCGCCACAACGGCCCUGACGGCCCAGAAUACCCAGGGCGUGUACGAUAUACACCACGUCCCGACAGACUUCUUGCUGAAGCAGAUCGAUGCGGUGUUUGAUGAUGUCGGUGUCGAUGUUGUCAAGACGGGCAUGCUGGCAUCGGCCGCCACAAUCGACACAGUAGCUCGGGCUCUGGAGCAGCGUCGUGUAAACCAGUUGGUGGUCGACCCUGUCAUGGUCGCCACAACGGGCGCCAAGUUGCUCCCUGCUGAUGCGGUGGACUCGCUGCGCAACCGGCUACUACCCCUGACCACCAUCUUGACGCCCAACAUACCAGAGGCGACGCUCUUUGUCUCGACGGCCGCGGCUGACGGCAAGGCCGUCGAGGUGAAGUCCGUGGCUGACAUGGACUCUAUCGGCAAGACUAUUGUCGGGUUCGGGCCCGAAUGGGUGCUUGUCAAGGGUGGGCAUUGCCCCUUUCGAAGAAGCGAUUAUGUCGCUGCCACCACGGAGGAGGAGAAGCAGGUCGUCGUGGACGUCCUGGUUGGCAGGGAUGGGACUGUUUUGCGGAUCGAGACAGAGUAUCAGGAUUCGAGGAACACGCACGGCACGGGCUGCUCCCUGGCUUCGGCCAUUGCGUCAAACCUCGCCAACGGGAUGGACAUGCCCAAGUCCGUCAAGAAUGCGUGUCGAUACGUCGAGGCAGCGAUCCGGACUGCUCCGGGAUUGGGCCAGGGGAACGGUCCCCUGAACCACUUCCACUCGACGUACUCAUUGCCUUUUGCUCCUGGACGCUUCUUGGACUACCUCUUGGAAAGGCCCGAUGUGGCCCCUAUCUGGCGACGAUAUGUUCACCAUCCCUUCGUCCUUGCCCUCGGCGAUGGGACUCUACCUAUGGAGUCGUUCAAGGGCUAUCUUGUGCAGGAUUAUCUCUACCUUGUGGGUUCUGGUCCUUGUUUCCUGACUUGUUUACAAGAGAUGUUGACCAAGUACAAGAUCCAAUUCGCGCGAGCCAAUGCCUUGGCCUCCUAUAAAUCGAGAAAUCUUGACGAUAUCGCGAGUGCUGCCUCAAUCAUCGGCCAUAUCGCGAAGGAGACCCAACUCCAUAUCGAUUACUGUACCGGCUUUGGUAUUACCAUGGAGGAGAUCAUGAGCACCGAGGAACAUGUUGCCUGCACGGCAUACACGAGAUAUCUGCUCGAGGUCGGGCAGUCGCAAGACUACAUGGCGCUGCAGAUGGCGCUUGCACCCUGUCUGCUCGGCUACGGUGCCAUCGCCGGGCAUAUACAUGCGAACGAGGCUUCCAAGAGGGUGGACAACCCGUACUGGACGUGGGUCACUAACUAUGUAGCGGAGGAUUACGUGCAGGCCGUCAAGACGGGCUCAGAGGGUGUCACGACACGCAGCGCUGCUGGAGAGGCAUGCUUCCACGCUGUCGCCGACAAGGGUAGAAGAAAUCGUCCAGAUAUUUAUCCAUGCUACAAAGCCUGCGACCGAUCGACUGGUCCGAGAAGCCCAUCUAAUCUUUCCAUCCCUCACAGGAGCAUCACCAUGUCCUACGGCGGUGGUGGUUACGGCGGCCGCGGUGGCGGCAGCGGCGGCUACGAACGCAGCAACGGUCACAGUGGUGGCGGCUAUGGCAGAUCUAAUGGAUACUCCAACGGCGGCUACGGCGGCGGUGGCGGUGGCGGCUAUGGCGGCGGUGGUUAUGGCGGUGGUGGCUACGGUGGAGGUGGCUACGGCGGCGGCGGCGGCGGUGACCGCAUGUCCAACCUCGGUGCCGGUCUUCAGAAGCAGGACUGGGACCUCAGCGCCCUUCCCAAGUUUGAGAAGUCAUUCUACAAGGAGCACGAGAACGUCGCGAACCGAUCGGCGAGCGAUGUCGAGAAGUUCCGACGCCUACAUGCCAUCGCCACCGCUGGACAGGAUGUCCCCAAGCCUGUCGAGACUUUCGACGAGGCUGGUUUCCCCCGCUAUGUCAUGGACGAAGUGAAGGCUCAGGGAUUCCCUGCACCCACCGCUAUUCAGUCUCAGGGGUGGCCCAUGGCUCUGUCCGGUCGCGAUGUUGUCGGUAUCGCUGAGACCGGCUCCGGCAAGACUCUUACGUAUUGCUUGCCUGCCAUCGUCCACAUCAACGCCCAGCCUCUUCUGGCGCCUGGCGACGGCCCCAUUGUCCUGGUUCUCGCACCUACGCGUGAGCUGGCUGUCCAGAUCCAGCAGGAGAUUACCAAGUUCGGCAAGUCGUCGCGCAUCCGCAACACUUGCGUCUACGGUGGUGUUCCCAAGGGCCCUCAAAUCCGCGAUCUUUCCCGCGGUGUCGAGGUCUGCAUUGCCACCCCUGGUCGUCUGAUUGAUAUGCUCGAGUCCGGCAAGACCAACCUUCGUCGGGUCACUUACUUGGUUCUCGACGAGGCUGAUCGCAUGCUGGAUAUGGGUUUCGAGCCCCAGAUUCGCAAGAUCAUCGGCCAGAUCCGACCGGAUCGGCAGACUCUCAUGUGGUCCGCUACUUGGCCCAAGGAGGUCCGCGCCCUUGCCAGCGACUUCCUCACAGACUUCAUCCAGGUCAACAUCGGCUCUAUGGAGCUGGCUGCGAACCACCGCAUCACACAGAUUGUCGAGGUCGUCACCGAGGGCGAGAAGCGUGAUCGCAUGAUUCACCACCUGGAGAAGGUUAUGGACGACAAGGACAAGAGCAACAAGAUUCUGAUCUUCACUGGCACCAAGCGUGUUGCCGACGAGAUCACUCGGUUCCUCCGCCAAGACGGCUGGCCAGCACUCUCCAUCCACGGCGACAAGCAGCAAAACGAGCGCGACUGGGUCCUUGACCAGUUCAAGACGGGCAAGAGCCCCAUCAUGGUUGCUACUGAUGUGGCUUCUCGUGGUAUCGAUGUGCGCAACAUUACCCAUGUGCUCAACUAUGACUAUCCCAACAAUUCGGAGGAUUACAUCCACCGUAUUGGCAGAACUGGUCGUGCUGGUGCCAAGGGUACUGCCAUCACCCUGUUCACUACUGAGAACUCCAAGCAGGCGCGUGAUCUCGUCGGCGUUCUCCAGGAGGCCAAGCAGCAGAUCGACCCCCGUCUCGCUGAGAUGGUUAGGUACGGUGGCGGUGGCGGUGGCGGUCGUUACGGCGGCUGGCGUGGACGCGGUGGUGGCGGUGGUGGUGGACGAGGCGGCGGCGGUGCUAACUCGAUCCCCAUGGGCAACCGACGAUGGUGA